CCUGAAUUGAAGUGGUGAGUCCUCUUCAUACUAAAUCUCCGCAGUCUCUCUCUCUAGCAAAACCGCUAAGAGCAAUUACUGUGUUGUAAUUGCCUGUUGAUCUUGCUGGAAUAUUGAAUCUCGUAUGAUGGGUAUGGCAAGCUGUGUGGACAACCAAUUGUUUAGGUUGCCAUGCCAAACGAGGAAGAUAGAUCUGGAAAGGAUCCACCAACUUUAUAUUAGAGCUGCACUUAGAGUGAGGAUAAAAUAUCAAAAAUCAAAUUAUCUAAAGAUAGCUUCAAGUGCAAAAAAAACUUUGAAUCAUUCGUCUUGGCAAACGUUUUCAUUGCCUAUAAAUAUUGAUGAGGAGCCUUUAUCAUCAGCUUCACAUGAAUAUUCUGAUGACGAAGAUGUUUUUGGAACUUCUGCAGAAGCGCAGCCAUUGAGUAGUGAUGAGUUGAAGGCUCUACUCUCUGAUACUGAAAGACAAAAGCUUAUCAGGAAACUCAGUGAAGCCAAUCAACAAAAUAGGUUUCUAAAGCGUCAGUUGUAUGAGAAAGAGGAGGAGUUGGUUAACUUCAAAAGUGAACUUGCUACAAUGGAACUAGAGAUGCAGGCCUUGGUAAUGUUGGCUAAAGAAAUCACUAAUUUAGAAUUCCCACGAGGUUCAAGAAAAAUUAACGGGAGAUAUAUUCAGUCUCACCUUCUCUCUCGUCUACAAGGUAUACAAGAAAAACUAAAGGAUCAGAUAAAGGGUGUUGAGGCUGCAGAAUCCAAAGAGGUAUCCUUAUUUUGGUUCGGCAUGGCUGAGAGUGUACAAGUAAUGGGCAGUUUCAAUAGCUGGAAUCAAGGAGAGUACCUCUCACCCGAAUAUAAUGGUACUUUCUCAAAAUUCAUGGCAACGUUAAUGCUUAGACCUGGAAGAUAUGAAAUCAAGUUCUUGGUGGAUGGAGAGUGGCGAUUAUCACCGGAGCUCCCCACUGUCGGUGACGGACUAACUGAAAACAACUUGCUGAUUGUUGGAUAGUUGCGACAAUUUCAGAAUAAUUUCAAAUAAGAUUCUUCUUAGUAUUGUAGCAUGCUUCUACAUAUGCAUCUUAAUUUGUAUAUUAUUAUUCAGAUAUUAUGUGGUUAGUGACUUUAUGCUUUUGAUUAGUGGGCUAGGAAUUUAAUUAAUAUUUAUUUGUAUUUUUAUUCAAUGUUAUAUUUUAUUAAUAAUAAAGUUGUUAAAAUAGUUAA